UCCAUAAAUACAAGGGGAAACUUCAGCUCUUCAGCAGGUCUACUAUCCAUCUGCUGACUGACACCUUGGGUUGCUUCUGCUCAAAGAGAAUGUGUUCCUGGUUAUUUAUCUGCGCCUUUCUGGGCAUCACUUUCAUGCAGGAUGUCUCUGCCCAGACCUGUCUUUGUGCCCAGGGCUUUUGUGCAAGUGGCUGGGUGCAGUAUAAGUCUGCCUGCUACAAAGCUGUGAGGCAGCGAUACACCUGGACUGAAGCUGAGAUAUCUUGUCAGCGUUAUUCUCCAACAUCCCACUUGGCCUCCAUCCAUAGCAUGGAAGAAAACGAUUUCAUUUUUCAUUUGAUGGGCAAGCCACUGGAUUACAAGCAAGGACUGGCCUACUGGAUUGGUGCACAUGACACCUUCAAGGAGGGAACUUUUGUGUGGACAGAUGGUUCAAAAUUUGAUUUCCAGUCAUUUCCUUCUGACCAACCUGAUGGAUUGACAGGAGAACACUAUCUUGGCUCCUGGUUUUUACGCAACGAAAAGAUUACCUGGAAUGACUAUAACAAUUCAUGGAAAUUUGGAUCUGUUUGUAAAUAUUAUCUAGAAAAUAGAGGAUGCUCUUCUUCUUGUGAGGCGAAAUGAGAGACACAAAUUCACAGGAUGCAGAAGCCUUAUUUCUAACCUGGAGGAUUAUUCUAUGAUGUUUUGCUUUUCUAUAGCAACUUUCUAAAGAAACAUGUUUAUGUGCAAAUCAAAUUAUUUGUCCUGUAGGAACAACUGGAUUUUAUCACUAUAGAUUCUUUUUAAAAUCAUUUUUAUUGAGAUGCAAAUAAAAAUUGUUUGUUGCUGA